CGACCCCGGUCGUUGCUGCAGCCCCAGGGCGCGGACGCCCGGCCUCUCCGCCCAAAUGUUAGUUUGUAAAACAGCGGGGCUGGAGUCUGCUGGGUUUGCAGCCUUCCGCCUUGUAGGAAGUCUGGGAGGCUCAGAAUUUCCAACUCUUUCACCUUAGAGCCCUCUUCGCCCAGGCAAAACCACCCAGUAACUUGGCUCCCACAGCCUGAGCAGUUUCUUGGCGUGGCCGGCGUCCCUGCCUUCCUGUUACCACAGAUAGAUGUAAGCCUGUGCCUACCUUAAGUGCAAGGAAAGAAUACAAUUUAUUGAUCUAUCAUUUGGAAGUGAAGUAAGAUAACGAAAUGAAGCCAGCGCAACAUCUGUUAGCCUCUAGUAAGAAAUGGGCAAAUGUUCCAGAAUUCACUUACCAAAAAGGACUAUUUAAUUUACCAUUGUCACCUAAACCGAAGGAAAAACGUAGUGCAAAAUUUGUACGUGAUAAACUUGAACCAAUGGUCUUAGGAUCUCCACCAACAGGGGAAUCCAUUGUAAGGUAUGCUUUGCCUAUUCCAUCAAAUAAAACAAAGGAGUUAAUAGCAGAAGAUGAAUUGAUCAGGAAAAUUACCAAACAUCUGAAGAUGAUUGUUUCUACUUUGGAAGAAACCUAUGGAUUUGACAUUCAAAAUAGAGAAAAAUUAGUCGUGAAGCCUGAAAAUGAAGAAUUAACUUUUUCGGUUGGGGAUGAUCUGAAUUCAUUCUUGGUAUGUUGUUCACAAUUUGCAGCUCAGUUAGAAGCAGCAGCUAAGGAAGAACGUAAUAUUUUGGAAUCUCUUUUUAAGUGGUUUCAACAACAGGUCAAUCAGAUGGAAGAGAUAAGUAAAGAUCAAACCUUUUUAGAGGCAGAGUGUCCAACUCCUGACAAAACAGUCACUUUAAGCAUUGAACAAGUAGUAAAGCAAGUGCAAAAACUAGAAGAACUGAAAAAUCUCCUUAAACAACGGACUAAAUGCUCCUCAAGAGCCCCAUUGUCUAAAGCCAAGGAUACUGAAAAUUCACCAGGAACAGUGCAUAGUAAUGAAGUUGUACAGCAGAUAAUUGAAGAAUUCAUAAAAACUCACUCAACUGAAGAAUUUAGAGAUGUUUCUGCAACUGAUCCACAAACUACAUUUUCGCUGAUGAGUCGAUUGAAUGUCAUGUUGAAAAUAUUUGAAAAACAGUCAAAUAUGUUGGAGAGAGCUGUGAGUGAUCAAUGUUUGUUAGAAGCUAAAUACAAACAAAUGGAAAAUAAUUUUCAAGUGUUAUUAGAGGAGAAAUUAGGGCUGGAAAGUGAACUACAGAAGUUAAAGAAUCCUGAGAAAACAAAGUCUACAUACAAUAGGACAAAGAAAACUAUAAAAACUGAGAAGAAAAAAGACAAAGGAAAACCUGAGGAUUCAGAAGAGAAGAAGUCUCUAGUCAGAGAGCUUAAAAUAAAAGGAGAUUUGCUUGAAGUCCAAAAAGUAGCACAUGCUCUGGAAAUUGAGAACAAAUUCCUUCAGGAACAACUGAAACAAGCUUUCCAGGAAGCUGAAAGAGCUAAGCAUCAACUUGACUAUUUCCUAAAUCAAGGGAAAGAAUCACUUAAAAGUGAAGGGAAGACCAAGACAAAAAUGGAAAUGGGUAUUAGUAAAAUAAAAGUUGAAGAUUCCAAAGACAUGCCAUUGGAGAGAGGAACAAAGAAAUCAGUAGUUACAGAUUCAGGUGGACAAAAGACGAGUUCUAAACUCCAAGAACAUCUACAGAUCUCAAAUGUCCCAAAUGGAAGCCCACUUGACAAAAGGUAA